AUGUCGGACUCCAUCACGCUAGCGGACGCCGACACGGUGCGGUCGGCGAGGUCGCGGCCCGUCUCGCGGGCCAGGUCGCGGGCAUCUCGGCCUUCCUCAGCGUCGUCGACGCGCUCUACGCGCUCGACGCGCUCGAUGCUGGUGGAGGACGAGAUGUCCGGGUGCCUGGUGUCGAUCGAAGACGGGCUCGCGAAACCGGCCGUGCCGAAGCGGCCGCACGCGGAUGGACCGGGCCCUUCCGGGGCGGCGGGCGGGAGUGCCAAGCCGUCUAAGAUCCCCUGCCCGUCGCCCGGGAACGGGAUUGUUCUGAUGGUGCCCGUAGGCACAGACAGUCCGACAACGUCGCCGAAGUCCCGGCGGCAGGAGAAACGGGGGAUGACGGGACGUUUGUCCGACCCUCGGGGGUCCCUGUGGGGAAGGGGAAGGGCGGAGGCCCAGAAAAAGCUGGGGGCUGCCUUGGACACGGUUCACAGGUGCGGGAACCUGAAGGGGGCUGACCAGAGGCGGCUGAAGGAGUCCAUCGGCUCCGUGUUGAUGAUGGCAGAGGAGCUUGACAGCAGUGCCGUCGUCAACAAGGACUUCACCGCGGGUGCCGUCGAGCGCCGGAAGUUGGAAGGACAGGUGGAGGAGCUCCGUAAGGAGAAUAAGGAGCUCCGAAGCCAACUCCAGGCGCUCCAAGCCCAGAUGCGGCAACUCGCGGCGAGGUCGGGGCCGCAAACCCCUUCAGCCGCUUCCCAGGCACUACAGGGGCCUGCGAGGGAGAGAGCACCCGGCCCGGCCCCGGCGCCAGUGGAUACUGAGGACCUGCGGGCGGAACUCCUCCGCUCGACCGGGCUGAUGGUCGACGCCCGAUUCCAGGAGUUGAAGGAGAUGAUCUCACGAGUGCAAUCCCUUCAGGAGGCGUCGAUCCGCCCGGUACACCGCCCGCCGCUGCAAAGCGACGGGCAGUACGAGGUUUUGUCCCGCAUCCCUGGCGCAGGGGGACCGGGCUUCAGAGACGCUCCCCAUCUGCGGGGGGCGCGAGGGGCGGAAUUCCCGCCGCUUCCGGCGAGUCAACCUACCAGCCGGCCUGCCUCUGGCAGUCAGCGGCCGGGGCCGUCGGGCGCGGGGCGCGCAAACGAUGGUUGGAGCACGGUGGUGCGACGGGGCGGCAAAAACCGCAACGUCUCUGAGAGGCAGACUCAGAGUACUCAAAGUACUCGGAGGACCUCUGGGGCUCCCUCUCAGGGGAAGAAGGCUAAGCCGGCCCCGCCGUCGCCAUCGAAAUUGCGUGCGCCGCGAUCGGCGGCUGUGGUCGUCACACUCUGUCCGGAGGCAGAAGCGGCGGGGGUCACUUACUCCGCCGUCCUCAAGGAGGCGAAGGAUAAAAUCAACCUCGCCUCCUUGGGGAUAGGAAGCCUGCGCUUCAAGACCGCGGCUACUGGGGCCCGGAUCCUGGAGAUCCCAGGGUCCCAGACGGGAGACCAGGCCGACGCGCUCGCGUCGAAGUUCCGGGACGUCUUCCCGGAAGGUACGGUCCGCAUCGCCAGGCCCACCAAGACCGCAGAGAUGAGGGUCAUGGGCCUGGAUGACGGGCGGAUCCGGAUCGGCUGGGUCUCAGCCGCUGUGGAACUGCUGCGGCAGAAGCCACUCCGGUGCUUCCGGUGCCUCGAAAGCGGGCACGUGCUGGCCAGGUGCUCGCACGAGGAGGACCGGAGUGGCUUGUGCUACCGGUGUGGGGUUCCCGAGGCUCUGUCGCAAGCUGCGCACUCGGCGUUCCGCCCCAUA